UUGGCUGACCGUCUUUACCCCGCCCUGCAAACCGGUCGAAGCAGAAAGAUUUCUACAAGCGCGAGCUGCUGAUGACACCUCACAGGUGACAAUGUGACAUGCCUUUCACCUGAGCACACGUCUAGUCAAUGGUUUAGAAAAAGCUGAAGAAGAGUCUCUUCUGCAGUCAUAAUGGAGCAGAAGAAGAGAAUCUGGCCAAAGUUAAAUAUGAAUAUUGUAAAAAGGGGAAAAAAGAAAAAGACACCUCUGAAAUACAGGAGGAGCAUAUCUGUUCCAGACCUCAGGGUUCGGACUCAGGAGAUGCUGGCUUUGGAUGAGUCCAGGCCACUUGAUCAAGACAGUGUCUUAUUUGUAAACCGCGUGAUUCCAGGGGACCUUGAUGAAACGGGGAGUGAAACCUCCAGUCUUGGUUUUUCCGACCAUGGGCCAUACUCGUGCAGCCCAGCACCAUCAGAAAGAUCGAUUCCUGUGGACUUCCCAGUAUCAGUGGAGAGCGCAACUGAUAAAAAGCGGCCAAGAACCACUUUGUGGUAUUUGAAUGAUUCAGAUACAGACAGGGCAUCACCUGCUCAGAGACUCAAAGACCCAUCGGAUAAAAUGUCUUCAGCCGUCAUUAGAGCCGGUGCAGGCAGACAAACACCUUUGGGGAAUGAAAUGUCUGCUCUGGCCACUACAGAGUCAUUCAGCACUAGUGAGGAGCAAAUUAAUUGUCCCGCUGAGCAAGAGCUGAAGUCUCCAUCAGAAAUGUUCGUCACAGGGUCUGCGGAGGACAUGGCAUAUGACACUCCAAAUGAAUCCAGUGACUUUGAUGUCUUCUUAUCAGAACAAGAAGAGCAGAAAGGCUCAUCAGGAUUGAGUGACAGCCACAUUGGUCUGCCACAGCAAAAGGUCCAGCAUCUGCUCACUAUCAACCUGAAGGAGGGCAGGAAUCUGGUCAUUAGAGAUCGCUCAGGUACCAGUGACCCAUUUGUCAAAUUCAAACUGGAUGGCAAAAACAUCUACAAAAGCAAAGUUGUGAACAAGAAUCUGAAUCCCACCUGGAAUGAAUCAUUUUCCUUUCCCAUCAGAGACGUAGAUCAGACUGUUCAUGUCAAGGUAUACGAUCGUGACCUACGGUCAAAUGACUUCAUGGGCUCCGGCAGCUUUGCUGUCAGUAAACUAGAAUUGAACAGAAGGGUUCUAUUAACACUGACUUUGGAGGAUCGCAACAGUGUGGAGGGUGAUAUGGGAGUGAUUGUUUUAGAAGCCAAUCUGUCCCUCCGAGAGGAACCUGCCAAACGAAAUAAGUGGCUAAUGAAGAGAAGGGGAAGUUUUAGCAAGCCGUUCAGUCCGACGCAGGGUGGGCGGCAAUCGGGUGGACAGAGAAGUCAGGUCUGGAGUGGCAUUUACUCUGUCAACCUGGUCGAAGGGCAGGAUAUGCCCGACACCGGUCAAGGAGACAUCUACGUGCGCUUCAAAGUAGGAGACCAGAGAGUUAAGAGUAAGAAUCUGUGUAUUAAGGCAAACCCGCAGUGGAGAGAGUCAUUCGACUUUAACCAGUUGCAGGAUUCACAGGAAAAUCUGGUGGUUGAGGUCUGUUGCAAGAGGGGCAGAAAAUCUGAAGAAUGCUGGGGAUCGCUAGUCAUUGAACUGGCCGGACUUUCUGUCAAUCAGAGGCAGUUAUAUACUCGUGAGCUGGAUCCAGGCAAGGGCCGACUUGUGUUCCAGAUCACACUGACCCCGUGUUCUGGUGCGUCCAUCUCAGAACAGCAAUCUGCUCCAUUAGAGAAUCCCAAGACCUACCAGAAGAUGAUUGAACAAUACAGUUUGACAAACACUCUGGGAGAUCUGAAGGACGUUGGCUAUCUUCAAGUCAAGUUGAUAAAGGCCACAGAUCUUCCAUCAACAGAUUUAAGUGGGAAAAGUGACCCCUUCUGUAUCCUUGAGCUUGGCAAUAGCAAACUGCAAACCCACACCAUAUACAAAACACUGAAUCCUGAAUGGAGAACAGCCCUGACAUUCCCAAUUAAGGACAUCCAUGAUGUUUUGGUGUUGACAAUCUAUCAUGAUGAUGGGGACAAAGCUCCAGACUUCCUGGGAAAAGUUGCCAUUCCUUUGCUGAGUAUUUCCGAUGGUCAGCAAAUCACCAAAAUGUUGAAGAAUAAAAAUCUAUCCAGGGCAGUCAAAGGAAGCACCACACUAGAGCUGAAUGUGAUCUACAAUCCAGUCAGAGCAGGCAUUAAAACCUUCCAUCCUAAAGAAACAAAGUUCGCAGAGGACAACCCAAAGUUUAACAAAAAGCUUUUAGCACGUAAUAUCUAUCGAGUGAGGAAGAUCAGCACGGCCAUUCUCUAUACGCUGCAGUAUAUUAAAAGCUGCUUCCAAUGGGAGAACAAGCAGAGGAGUAUUAUAGCCUUCCUGAUAUUUGUGGUGUCAGUGUGGCUUUGGGAGCUGUUCAUGUUGCCUCUCUUCCUCCUCCUGCUCAUUGGCUGGAACUACUUUCACAUCACACCCGGCAUGGCCAGCUACAGUCAGGACUUGGAGAACAUGUCCGUGGUAGAGGACGAAGACGAGGAUGAAAAGGAAUCAGAGAAAAGGGGACUGAUGGAAAAAAUCCACAUGGUUCAAGAAAUUGUGCUUACAGUUCAAAACACUUUAGAUGAAGUGGCCUGCUUUGGGGAAAGAGUGAAAAACACAUUCAACUGGUCUGUACCGUUCUUGUCUUUCCUGGCCUGCCUGGUUCUGUUUGUGACCACAACUGCCCUAUACUUCGUCCCGCUGCGGUACAUAGUUUUACUGUGGGGUGUUAACAAAUUUACCAAGAAGCUUCGCAGCCCAUAUGCCAUUGACAAUAAUGAAAUACUGGAUUAUCUCAAGAGGGUCCCUUCUGAUGUUCAAAAGAAUUCCCAAGUGUUACCCAGGAUAUUUCCUCUGGCUGUGUUUGAUUAUUAAUGGACUCGCGCCUUUAAAGGCGGCCCCCGGCCCAAUUAUUUCCCAGCAUGUUUUGAUGGAGUCACUCGGCUGCCUGGAUGGGGUCUGCUCUGAUCUGUCCUCGGCCGUAUCGCUGCAGCCUUGUCCCUGAUUAUCAGUUUUGUCGGCCUGUGAUAAAAGAAGGAUGCUGUCGAGGGUUCAGCGAUUGGCUAAGGGGUCGGUGUCUGCACACUGACAGUGUGACGGCCCCGUCACAUCAGGUUGGAGGACUCGAUUAAUGAAGUGUUGAGCCAACGCCAUCCUGCUGGGCGCCAUAUGCGAUGAAACAUUAUCCAUGGCUGAUAUGUCAUUCAGGGUUACAUCACAAGCCUGCGGACAUACAGCCCGGCGCUGAGAGAGUGGCUGCUCGUCUUUCGUACCCGGGAUACAAAGCGGGACGUGCUGUCGGGAAGCGUUUCGUUUAGGAUGUGGGACGCAUUGCUCUCCAUCAACAAUGCUAUUAAACUCUAGUCAAUACUUCGCUCGGCAGAAGACUGGAUAGCUUGAGCGAUUGGCUCAGACCAUCCUCCUGGGACGAACCUCUGCAACUUUACGUUAACAUAUGUCUGUGCAGUUGGAUGAAGCCAGCAUGACACACUGGUUUUGGCAUGUGGAGCAGCAAGUUGGCAAAACAAGAUGGAAACCAUAGCUGAGUUUUUAAGCCUUUUGAAGUAUGUUUUUGUGCUUCGAUGAACUGCCUGCUGUUCAUUUAAAUGGAAAGCAAUGAAGACAGAAUGAUCUUUCGCAAAACGAAAUGUCAAAAUAUGCCACUUUGGAAAAACAAAGCACCGCUAAUAUAGCAUGACUGCCUGUUCUCCGUCAUUAACUAUACCUAGACAAAACCAAAAGGUAUUCGAAUCCACUACGGAGCCAGAGCCGUUUGUCGUUUCGUCCGUACCUUUAUGCUAAAAAUGAGCCGGCACAGAUAAACAGCACAUUACUAAAGCUCAAAUUGACUGCUGUCUCGCGGCUCCCGAAAUGACUUGGCAAUUAGUGCCCGUGCGGUUCUUCAAAAGCAAACCCUCAAAACUGGACUUCAUACGGCGGCCCUCUGUCCUAAAAUAAGCAGCAUCUGUCGGUUGUGAGGACAGUUUCAUGUUCUGAGGCGACGCGGCUCUCUUUGUUCCUGUGUCCUCCAUCUUCCAUUCUCACAAUCAGGGCCUGGUAAUUAGUGUGCAGUCCCUACCUUACUGAUACACCUCCAGGUUAUUGUUUUCGAGAGAAACAAACAAGAAAAGGAUUUGGACACAUUCUUCAUGCUUUUGAGUCCUGUAGGCCUCAUACCAUAGUUAGAAAGUUGUUGACGAUGAGUCUAGUUUGGACUGCAUGGUGGUCUGGGAUGAGAAAUUCCCUUUAAUGCCAUUUAAAAUCUGGUCUUAAAUGUUGCUCUUGGGUGAAAAAGAAUAUGAGAGGAUAAUGUUGAAGGUAUUGUGAUCUUAGUGCAUUACAGUACCUGUGAAAUGAAAAAAUCACAAGGCCUAUUUUUUCAUGAAAUAUUGCAGCGUUUAUUGUAAAUACUUUAUCUUUUUAUUCUCUUUAAAAAAAUUGUGUACCUUCAUACUCUUUAAUUAAAAUCUGGAAAUGCACUCCCUUCCUCUAAUGAAUAUCCUUCUUAAAUGACGUACGUCUGACGGCUUGAGCGGAUCAUUCGUUAACUCCUCCCCUCAAAUGUCAGUCUGCUGCGAUUUCCAUUUCAAAAUGUAACGACUGGUUUUAUACAUCCAAUCAAAUCGCAUAGAAAGAUGAAAGCCACGCCCGCUAUCUUUCUUAUUAGAAAUUCCAUUUCACUCGGAAAUGCAUCAAAAUACGAAAGUUAAAACGAUUGCAACUUCCGGUUCACAGGGACUUUAACGUUAUGUAGGAAACCCCCAUCCAGUUGAUAAGUAACGCUUAAUAAUAUGUGAACAUUAGUUAAUGAUAACAUGAAGUAACUAAAAGCAAAACUUCUACAACAUUUAUUCAUCUUAGUUCAUGUUACUUGAAACAUUUACUAAUCCAUUUUAAAAGCCAAAAGAUGUAACUUUUUAAUGAAAUUAAGUGAAAAAUUAUUUAUCAUUCGUUGACCCUCAAAUCAUUCAAAACAUGUAUAUGAUUAAAGAUAUUCUGAGAAAUAUCUCAGUGGUUUUGUGUCUGUAUGAUGGAAGUCAAUGGGGGCCAAAGUUUUCUGGGUUCCAGCUUUUUUCCAAAUACCUUCUUUUGUGUUCUGCAGAAGUAAGGAAGUCAUACAGGUUUGAAAUGAUAUGAGGUUAAUAAUGAAAUUGAAAUCUAAAUUGUUUUGUGAACUAUCCCUUUAAUGCACUUAAUUAUCAUGAACAUUGAAUUGCCAUUAAUAAAGAUAAAUAUGCUGAAAAAAUGUUGCUCAUUGUUUGGUCAUGUUAGCUGAUGCAUUUUGUUGCUGUCCUUCUGAAACCUUAUAUGUCAAAAUUCACUGUUUAUCAGAAAACGGAAAAAACACUGAACUUUUCAAUGAAUGCGUACUUUGUUGUUAAAGGAGCAAUAUGUUAACAAAACAAUAUUUUACUAUGUUUGUAGACAUUUAGGAAAAAUGCUAAGUUCAUAUAUUGGUUUGUCCAAAAAACAACGCUAUAGCCAGUUAUUACACACUGAAAUGUGUGUUCCAUGCUGGAAUGUCUGUUUUUGUUUUGGUCCGUGUGACCCCGCCCACUGAUGAUUUACCCACUAGUGUAAUUCGACAGCUCCGUUGCCCGUUGGCGACAAUAACUGCAUAUUGCAGCAAACAACGAUCUGGGUCAGAGCAGAUUCCAACAUUUCCUGUACAGUUUAAUUGCAAAUUAGAAAGGAUUACAAUAUUAUUUUAAAACUUACAAGUACGGCUGUUUUUACCACCACUUUCAGAAGAUGUGCACAGGAGUGCAAAUGAAUAGAUCUCUCUGCGCAACCGCGACAAAACUUGCGCGAGCUCCAACACAAAGCAAGUGGGUCAUAGAGAGUUUUGAUUUUAUGUAUCUGUUAAUUUCACAACAAGAUCCCUUGCAGAACCCGCAGAAUAACCUGAGUUUUGCCGUGAUGGCCCGCGCUCGAACAAUAAUUUCUGUGUUAUUGUACGAUUCUUUUAAUAAAGCCAUCCACGACUGAAAGGCUACAAAUAGCAAUCCUUAUCGCAACUCUCAUUUUAUUACACUUAUAUUUGUCACAGUGAUGUGCACUACCGCCUAUGGCAGUUCACCACCAGGGGCGGACUGUGAAGGAAAAAAAUCGGCCCUGGAUUAUUCUGUCGACGGGAGGUGUUGUAUGUAACCUUUCAUUGCGUUACAUGCAUACGUGUCCGACUUGCUAAUGCCUUCGAGUUGUGUGCAUUUGCGUUUAUAAUACGCCCACCAUGAAAAGAUCUGGUACUUCAGAUGGCCAGUCUGCACCUGGACAAUCUAGACAGAUUGUCCUACCGGUCAGUCCGCCCCUGUUCACCACCAUCAUGGCACUUCACCACCACAUUGGUGCGGUUGUGAUGGCCACUGUCACAGUCCUACUUACUAGGAGUAAUAUACAAUAUGGCCCGUAAAUGUGACCUCCGGAAGAUGCAAAUUCUGAAACACGCUGCUGAUUGGGUUAUAUUUGCAAAAAACAUAACCACUGCAAACGUAUAAAUUAUCAAAUUAACCUACAGUGUAAGAGUUUACACUUUCCAUUACACUCCUGUAAAAUUGACAAGCACUUUUUAAUACUUUUUAUUGGUUAGAUAUUUGCAAAACACAAUGACAAACAAAAAGUGUGACUAAAUGAUUUAUAGCAAAAAUAAAAAUCACAAAAUAUGAAGAUGAGAGGACUUCAGAAGGACUGCAGCGGUUUACUAAUGUUAAUUGGUUGAUUUUGGAAAACUAAACUCGUACGUUAUCAGCGAACGGUGGCUUUGUAUAUAUUUAACCGCAGCAUAAUAGUGCUACGCAGAUGUGUUGUUUCAGAUGCAAACUGAAGAAAAAAACUAUUCAGUUUCUCAUAGCUCGGUAAAACUCUGUUUUAGCAGGGGGUGAACUGGGGUGGAAGGUGAAGGUCGUCAUAAUGAAAGUAAAGUACACAGAAUGUUCAGAGCGGAGGAACCGUGUGAUCAUCUGUAACCGCAAUGCCCCAGUCAGUGCCGUGCGAACACUUCCUCCUGCCUACAAGCUGCUAUAAUUAGUCUCAAACAAACUUUUCCGAGGAAGGACACAACUCGCAAACUCCUCGGUUCGCAAGGACCUAAGACAGCAGGCCCGCUCGCCCGCCCAAUCCAUGUGUGCUUUCAACAUAGUUCCCAUAGAGUUGGGGGGGGUGUAGUCACCGCUGUGUCGGUAAGAAACCCUUGACUUUUCAAAUCUUUCCUCCUUGUGAUUAAUCCCCUCUGCUCCUGUGUUUAAAAAAUGAUUCAUUACAGCUUCGCCCGCCUGGCUUUCCCCCUGCACCAGCUCUCCUCAGGGGAGCCAUUAUUGUGAGCAGGGCUCAGCUCCGAUUACCUGC